AUGAAUAAGGAGUGUCAAUUUCUGCAUGUGGAUCCAGCCACAAAGAUACAGGAUUGUGCCUGGUAUGCUCGGGGGUUUUGUCGAAAUGGUCCAGCCUGUCGCAAUCGUCACGUACGGCGUGUAGCCUGCCAAAAUUUUAUAAACGGCUUUUGUCCAGAUGGCCCUGACUGCAAACAGGCGCAGUAUGUAUAUCCUACUUUGCACUAUUAUUUUUUUAGUCCCAAAUGGUGGCCGCUUCCUGGAUCUGAUCAAGAACAUCACAAACAAAAAUGGAUUUGUCAUCAUUGCAAGGAGAGAGGCCACAAGGUUCAGUUCUGCCAUAAACUGCCUUUGGAGGAGCGCCAGCGAUUGCAGGAGCAGUCGUCACAGCGCUAUCAGCCGCCCUUUCCAUCUUCGAAUCAGCCCCUUCUGGGCAACAAUUCUGCCUUCUCCCAGGGACCACCUGGCAGAGGCAAUUUGGCGGUCAAUCCAAAGCAUGGGAGCAUGUCGGUGCAGCAGAAGCCAUUGGAUGAAGUUACCUGCUACAAGUGCGGUGACAAAGGUCAUUAUGCAAAUAAAUGUACCAAGGGAUACCUUGCUUUCCUCAGCAAAGGCUCCAUUCUAUCCGCGCGGGGGUUGGGGACGCGGUGGGGCCAUCCCUCCUGUCGUGCUGGUGCGUUGCGACGUGGACCCGCCCGGUUAGCGCCGUCGUUGUUGAUAAAAAAGAUGGCGUCUGGGCUCGUUUCCCCGUCCCGAGUUGUCGCCUCGGUGAGAUCCAUACCUCUGUCCCUAAGCACCACCUGUCCCAAAUGCCUUAGUAACAAGGUCAAGCAACCACUUCCAACUCUCCCGUUCCCCCUCAUUUCACGCGGUUAUGGGCCACUUUUUUCAGUGAUUAGUCGUUCGGUGGUGUCGUGCGGCAUCGGGAUGCCUCAGCAGGUUCGUUUCUCUCACGUUGAUGUCACAAGUGUCCCGAGUUUCGAUGCACAUCGCCUCAACUCUACCAGGGACCCGAAAUCUCUUUCCUCAAAGACCGAGGUUAAUCGGAAGGUCUUUACCUAUACAAUUGCAUUUGCUGGUACAGUUCUAGCAACUACUUCGGCGAAAUAUGCAGUUAAGACGCUGAUCCAAACUAUUGGGCCUUCGGCCUCAACUCUGGCUCUUGCUAACUUGGAAGUGAGUUUGGCUUCCAUUCCUGAGGGCAAGAAUGUUGUUUUCAAGUGGAGAAAUAAGCCAUUGUUUGUACGACAUCGAACUCAAAGUAUGAUUGAUCAAGAGCGCAGCGUUCCACUCUCGUCUCUUCGCGAUCCAGAGACCGAUGAACAACGUGUAAAGGACCCAAAAUGGCUCGUCUGUGUUGGUGUUUGCACCCACUUAGGUUGUGUUCCUAUUGCUGAUGCCGGCGAAUUCGGCGGCUAUUACUGCCCCUGUCACGGCAGUCAUUUUGAUUUUUCGGGACGGAUUCGAAAGGGCCCAGCUCCGACCAAUAUGGAAGUGCCUAGCUACAAGUUCAUUGAUGAGAAUACUAUCCUAGUUGGUUAA